GCCUCCCUUCAUAAAAACCACUACUUGGUGCAUCCAUUAUUCUUAACUUGAUUAUAAAUCACGUAUCUAAUCACUCAUACCAUUUCAUAACUCAUAAUGGUUGUUCUCUCUGAACUUUCUGAAGGAUCUUCAUCUUCAUCAUCAACACAUGGUCAUAGAUAUGAAGUAUUUUUAAGUUUUAGAGGUAUUGACACUCGUCAUAACUUUAUCGCUAACCUUCAUAAGGCCCUCAUGGAUGCCAAAAUCACUACCUUCUUGGACGAUGAAGAGAUUGAAAUCGGAGAAGAUCUGAAACCAGAAUUGGAGAGUGCCAUUAAAGCAUCUAGGGCUUCUAUUAUCGUGUUGUCCAAAAAUUAUGCCACUUCCACUUGGUGUCUUGAUGAACUGGUGUUGAUCCUUGAGCAACGGAGGACAUCCAAUCAUGUUGUUAUUCCUAUAUUUUAUCAUGUGGAACCCACCCAUGUCAGGAAGCAACAAAGUAGCUUUGGAGAUGCAAUGGAUAAACAUAGACAGAAGAUGGAGGGUGAGACAAAGGCAGAUAAAAGAAAUAAAUGGGCUCAAAAGAUUGAGCAAUGGAGUAAAUCACUCACAGCAGUUGCUGAUUUAAAAGGGAAAGAUGUAAAUGACAGGCAAGAGAUGGAGUUCAUCGAAGAAAUUGUGAAUGAUAUCUACCGUAUACUGCGUGUACACUUGAGGAGUCCUCUGCCAUUACUUAUUGGGAUGGAGGGUUCCAUUACAUUCAUCACCUCAUGGUUGAAAGAUGCAUCUUCACAUACAACAGAAAUACUCACAAUUUUGGGUAUGGGUGGGAUCGGGAAGACAUCUUUAGCCAAAUUUGUCUAUGGAUUGGAUUGCCGUGAUUUCAAGACUAGCAGCUAUAUUGGAAAUAUCAGUAGCAGAUGUGAUGAAAAAUUUAGUGGGUUGCUUGAUCUACAAAAACAGCUAUGUGAUGACAUUUCAAAAACAAGUCCGAUUCCAGUUGAUGAUGUUUCUAUAUACACCUCAAAGAUAGAGAAUGUUGUGGCUCGUAAAAAGGUUUUUCUAGUUCUUGAUGACAUUGAUAGUGUCAAGCAAUUGGAUGCAUUGCUUGGAAGCAAAGGUUUUUAUCCGGGGAGCAAAAUCAUAAUAACAACAAAGGAUGCAUGGUUGACAGAGAGUUGUGCACUUUUUAAAAUGAAUGUUAAACCCAAGCAUGCAAAGCACUUGCUUCAAGGCUUACAUGUGUCUACAUCACGAAAACUUUUGUGUUUACAUGCAUUCACAACCAACCAGCCCGAGGCAGGUUAUGAAGAAGUCUUAGAAAAGUUUGUGGAGUAUUGUGAAGGGCAUCCAUUGGCUCUUGAAGUUUUGGGCAAGUCUCUAUAUAAUCGAGAUGUAGGUUAUUGGGAAGAUACCAUAAAAGGGCUAAAGAAGGAAGUUGGUUCCCAUAUAAAUAAUGUCUUGAGAUCAAGCUUUGACUCUUUGCCAUUAGAAAAUGAUAAGGAAUUGUUUAAGCACAUUGCUUGUUUUUUUGUUGGAAGAGAUAGAGAUGUUACUGAAACAAUAUUAAAGGCAUGUGAUAUAAACAUAAGAUCUGGGAUCACGAAUCUCAUUGACAGAUGCCUUUUAAGCAUCGGAUGGCAUAAUGAAUUGGUGAUGCAUCAAUUGCUACAAAAGAUGGGAAGAUUUGUUGUAUAUCAAGAAUCACCUCACAAGCCAUGGAAGCGAAGUCGAUUAUGGUGUGACGAGGAGUCAUUCAAAGUGUUGAAACAAAAAAAGGAUAUGAGAAAUCUUCUAGGACUUGCCUUAGACAUGCGAAGGCUUGAGAAAGCUGAGAAUUAUCCACAACGAGUUCAGAAAAGGCAAAAGUUGGAUGGAUCGUGCUUAAAAGAUAAAAGAGGAUUAGAGGAAUCUGAAAUCCAGAUGUAUUACGAAUUUGGAAUAUUCAGCACAAUUUCUGAAGGCAAAGAGAUGCCGAAUUGGAUUACGGAUAGAAGCCAGGGGACAUCAAUAUCAUUUACCAUCCCAUCAUCUUCUAAAAAGCUCAUAGGCUUGAAUUUCUGCUUUGUGAAUACGUUGCAAAUUGGAGAAGAGCUUUCCCUUAAAGGAAGCCUAGCGUAUGGAAGAUGGCCCCUAAGUGACUACUUGAAGCUUAGGAUUUACGAUUGUGGUAACAAAUAUGUCAAAAGCUCCUUGAAGCCAUAUCAUAGUUUUGUUAUCCCAAAGAAUUGGAUUACAGACAUGCAUGUCUAA